AUGAUUCUGCAUUCAGCCAGCAUCCACGACAACAUGGUCUUCAGCCGAGUCUUUCAGAUCUUGUACCGGAAUGAAGAGAUUCUCCUCAACGAUUCCAUGAACUUCUCUGUGCAUCUCCUCCUGGAUGGUGAGAGGGUGGAAGAAGCAUUAAGUGAAGCUGAUUUUCAGCUUAAGCUGGACCUGCUUUUUACAGACAGUGAACAACAGCUGAGAGACGUCCUGACCAUCCCGGUAAUAAGCAGCCGCACAUUGGGACUCCACUUCCACCCCAGGCAAGGCCUACAUCACCACGUCCCUGUCAUGUUUGACUACUUCCACCUGUCGGCAGUCACGGUUACUCUGCAUGCCUCUCUGGUGGCUUUAAACCAGCCCCUCCUCAGUUUUGCUCGGCCAGGAAGAUCUUCCUGGCUUGUUAAAGGCAACUUGGAUACGGGACCAGAUUUAACUGGGAUGUCGCUAGAAAACCUGGUUUUCGGAGCAGGCUACUGCAGACCAACAACUUCAGAGGGCAGCUGCUAUGUGCCAUCCGAAAACUGCAGGCAACAUGCCCACAAGUGGCAUAAAGACCUCUGCCUCCUGCUCCUUGGUGCCCACCGAGGACUUCACAGCUACUACGCUGCCGUCACAAAGGAGGUUCCCAAUUUGCCACAGCUGAAGUUAGAAGAUCUUGUGGUGGAACAGACACUAUCGCAACUUUCUGAAGACCUGCAGAUGCUGAAUAAUUCAGAAGAGAUAGCAGAGCAGAUCAGCAAAGACCUUGGAUGGCUCUGCUCCCACCUUCUAGCCAUGUGGACCCAAUUUUUGGCAAUUGUAACCCUACAUCCUGACAUCACAACAUUCCUUGUACAAGAGCAUCACACUCUAAGGGUGAAGAGAUUUUCGGAGGCCUUCUUUUAUGCGGAGCAUCAAAAAUGUGCUGCAACAACUUUCCAGGAGAGCCUCAUCCAGCAUCACAACCGGAUUUCAACCGAAGUUCGAUAUUCUGAGUAUUUGACCCGCAUGCCACCUCUUCCUGUAGAAUGCCUGGACAUUGAUGGAGACUGGAGCACGCUACCAAUUAUCUUUGAGGACCGAUAUGUUGAUUUCCCUUAUCAAGUUCAGUUAGACAUUUUGUCAAACUACAUGAUUUCUGCAGUGGACAAUUCACAAGUGGACCUUGACAGAAAUGAAGAACGUUCCUCACACGAUAUUGCUUUAGCAAAGGAGGACAGCAUUCCUUUUGUUAUUCAUACUGAUAGGAUAAAUAGAAAUUUGAUGUUUCCUUUUGGCUAUUCAAAAGGUGACUCCUGUACAGGCAAGAAUUUCAAGGUUCAAUCCAUGACUCAGGUAUAUACAAUGGACAGCAAUAUCCAGCCCUACAUCACUCAGAAAGACCUGGAAAGCAAUGUUAUAUCUAGCUUGCCAUCAGAUCUCCUGAAAGAUCCUUCAAAAAACUUUAAGGGACCGAUGAGCUUUACAGAAAACCACAAUAGGCUCGCCACAGAGGUGCCAUAUUUGGAUAUGGACCCAGUGUUUAAGACCGCUCACCAGAAUCAAUCAAUGCUUGUUAUGAAUGUUCAGUGUGACGCUGGCAAUUGUGAACCUCCUAAACACGUGGAUGGGAUUCAUUUGAGCCAAGCAUCUCAAAGGGAUUGUUGUCAAUCUACUCUUGCUUCUGACAAACCAAUGUUCACUGAGACACUGGUAGAUCAAUGUAGUAAAACUCAGAGGGCAUUUGGCCUAAAUCAUAAUUUCGACUCCAUUCCAACAAACCCAAAAACAGUUGUUGAAGAGUCAAAGUCACCUCUGAAGCAGCAUAACAUGAAAAAGCAUGAAGAGGUCUCAACCUCGGGGGUUAUGAAGAGAUCUUCAUCCAUAAUUUCAGACUCGGGAAUCGAAAGCGAACCCAGUUCGGUGGCCUGGUCUGAUGCAAAGAGCAAAGCUUUGGAGUUGCCUGGGGACCGAGAGAUCCUUCACCAGCUUAUCAAAGGGCAUGCAGCCCACCGGAAUUCCCUAGAAGGCGGACACACAGAAAGCAAUACCAGCCUGCCCAAUGGCAUACAAGCCUCCCUUACGUCUAUCAGCUCCUUGCCUUAUGAGGAAGAAGAAAGAGAAGCGGAGCCCAACAAGUUGACCAAAUCAAUCUCUGCUCCUCAGAUCAGCAGUCCUGAGGAACCUGUGGAAGUCAUGGAUACAUCCGAACCUGACCAAAACAUCUCAGGUGGGCAGUAUGUGGAAAUAGGAAAUGCCAGAAUGGUCUCAGUGGGAAAUAUUUCUGCCUGCCGAGAUGGAAGACCUCAGCUGCCCAGUGCUUUGAUGGAACACCCCAAAUCUGAUUCUAAUACUGCUCACUUACAAAGAAGUGUUAAUAGCUUCCCUGAGAAUGACUGUAAUUUGGAGGCCACAGGGGGACCACUACCUCAAGUGGAAUACCAGUUGCCAGAGGAAAGAGAAGAUCACUGUUUAGAAACAGCCAAUAAUUAUUUGGAUAUGAAUGCUUCUAAUCUGGAUGUCUACCAUGAAGAUGCAAACUUGAGUCAUGACCACAAUUUGCAUGCCACAGAUGUUUAUGCCUUCUCCCACUGUGAAAACGAGAUGGUGGAAUUUUGCUACACCAAUCCAGACUCAACAGACUUGGCAUAUGAAUUGAACUUCACCAAGGGGAACUCUCCUCCCUCUUUGGUCAGCAGCAACACUAUAACCUGUGGUAGAGAAGUCACACAUUUACAGAAAGUUGAGCUGGACAACCGAUCCGAGUGUGGCUCAUGCAACAUUGAGCUGGAAAAAAGAGAUCUCAAGAUCGUAGCAAAUAGCACGGGGUUUCAUUCUGCGGUGCCAGAGACCUUGGCACUUGAGAGUAAGAAGGCCAUGGAGAUAGUUAAUUUAUCUGUUUCUUGCACGGCUACCUGUCUGCCCUUUUCUUCGGUUCUCAAAGAGACACCUCCACUGACUGUCUUGUCCUCCAAGCAGGUCACUUCUCCUAUCACUCACCAACCAGUAGGGUCCUUUGGGGUCAUCUCUUGUGAAGCUAGUAAAGUGGGAGAAGAAGACAAUGAACAAAUGCUCAAUUUCUAUCAGGCCAAAGAAACGUUUAAAAAGGAACUGAAGAUUGAAGGAUUUCUGUACAGUGACUUAUCCAUACUAGCUUCUGAUAUCCCAUAUUUUCCACCAGAGGAAGAGGAAGAAAAUUUGGAAGAUGGGAUCCACCUAGUGAUCUGUGUCCAUGGCCUAGAUGGUAACAGUGCAGAUCUUCGGCUGGUAAAAACUUUCAUUGAAUUGGGUCUCCCUGGAGGGAAACUGGACUUCCUAAUGUCAGAACGGAACCAGACAGAUACAUUUGCAGACUUUGAUACCAUGACAGAUCGGUUGCUGGAUGAAAUCAUUCAACAUAUUCAGCUAUACAAUUUAUCAAUAUCACGUAUCAGCUUCAUUGGUCACUCGCUCGGUAACGUGAUCAUCCGAUCGGUACUGACCCGGCCCAGGUUUCGUUAUUACCUCAAUAAGCUACACACCUUCUUGUCCCUCUCCGGACCUCACCUGGGAACGCUGUACAACAACAGUACUUUAGUUAGUACAGGUUUGUGGCUGAUGCAAAAGCUGAAGAAAUCUGGCUCUCUUUUGCAGCUGACUUUCAGGGACAAUGCCGAUCUGCGGAAGUGUUUCCUGUACCAACUCAGCCAAAAAACAGGUCUUCAGUAUUUCAAAAAUGUGGUCCUUGUUGCUUCUCCCCAGGAUCGCUAUGUGCCAUUUCAUUCUGCAAGAAUAGAAAUGUGUAAAUCUGCCUUGAAAGACAGACAUACAGGUCCUGUUUAUGCUGAGAUGAUCAACAACCUUCUCCAGCCCGUCGUGGGAGCUAAGGACUGCACUUUAAUCCGUCACGAUGUAUUCCACGCCUUGCCAAACACAGCUAAUACGCUGAUUGGGCGAGCUGCACACAUAGCCGUCCUGGAUUCCGAACUGUUUCUGGAAAAAUUCUUUCUCGUGGCAGGACUCAACUAUUUUAAAUAG